AUGUCCUUUUCCAACCCGCGCCGCAGAAUGAUGACUCGUUCCGAGCCCAUCGCUGAAAACAAAAUGACAACCAAGGCUGUCACCUCUCUCCAGAAGGGUGCCACCUUUCACUCUCCUUCAUCACCCAACUUUCACAGCCUUGACGACGGCUAUCUUCCACCUCGUCUCACACGCUCUCAGUCUCACCUGAACGACGUGUCCGCCAACCGUCGUCGUAUGAUUUUGACCACCAUCGAAGACAUUGACAAGGCUCUUGGAAAUAUUUCUUUGUCGGACUCGAAACCAAAAAAAGAGUCGACCCUCAGCGAUACUGCUACCCCUAUACCUCGUGAUUUCUUCCAUGUUCCUGUCGUCGACCCAGCCAUGGCCAAAGAACAGGGGCGCCCGGUUCUGCGUCCGCGCUCAGUGGGCCGCAAUAGACACCACGCUUCUGACAGCGGCCUCGGGACCUCGAUUGCCUCGAUAAACGAUAAGGUUUCCGCUGCCGAUACUUUUCCCAAGAAAAUUACAAAAAAACAAGCGGCUACAAGAACCGCUGCCGCCAGCAAUACACACCAUGCACCCGCGCUCAGCACUAAGGCCGUGAAUAUCAUCCGCGAUCACACGCUUCAUCCUCUCUUGCAAAAGCCCAGUCUCAAACCCUUUGAGACUAUCGUGCUGGAUAUCUAUUCCCGUAUCCAUUCCAAGGACAUAACCUGUUUGCGGGAUGUUGAGAAGGCGCUCGAACAAAUAGCUAGGCGAGCAACACCCAGAGCUCUCUGCGUCGAUUUCUAUCUCACCUCGAUCAUUUGCGUUGCAACCACUUUCGAAUGUAUCCAUGAAAACGAACGAGUUCGACCUGGCGACCGUCCUUACAGCGGCGGAUAUAUCGCCGACCGCAUCGCAACCAUCGACCUAAAAGAGCAACUUGAAUACUACGGCAGACUGCUCGCAACCAAGGAUAUUGGUGACCUCCCCGCAGGCAUCGGAAUCGAUGAAGGAGAUAUCCUUCGCCUACAUGGAGGCCCUUGCGUGAAUGGCCGUCCAGCUGAAUUCGUUCGCGUCAAGAAGGAUGGUACUGCCUUCUCCAUGGCUACUGGUGAGCCUGUUGAUUUGAAAGAGGCCCCCAUCAAGCUCAAGCGCUGCCUCAGCGAGAAGUCCGACGAUGACGAGGAGAUCAUGCGGUCUAUGGCUCGCCGCAAGAAGAACGCUACCCCCGAAGAGCUCGCUCCCAAAAAGUGCCGCGAGCCUGGCUGCAACAAGGAGUUCAAGCGUCCUUGCGACCUGACCAAGCACGAGAAGACUCACUCUCGUCCUUGGAAGUGCCCAUUUUCCACCUGCAAGUACCACAACUAUGGCUGGCCCACCGAGAAGGAAAUGGAUCGGCAUGUCAACGACAAGCACUCGGACGCUCCCGCCAUGUACGAGUGUACUUAUAAGCCAUGCGCCUAUAAAUCAAAGCGUGAAUCCAAUUGCAAGCAGCACAUGGAAAAGGCACACGGCUGGGUCUACGUGCGCACCAAGUCCAGCGGCAAGAAGCUGCCCUUGAAGCCUGCGGACGAGGGUACUCCUGCCAUUACCAACCUGUCGCCUCCCAUGACCACUCCCAGCUAUAGUGUGCCAACACCGCCUCAGGACAACGUGCUCCAGGACAUGCCUGCCGACUUCCCCAUGUAUCCGGACGAUUCAGACUGGCUGGCCUCAGUCGAACGUGUUCCCGAGCACAUCGAUACCAUGGACCUAGUCGAGAACCAGUCUCCCUCUUCCUCAGCCUCUUCGUACGAGCAGUACCCUCCGUACCAGAAUGGGUCCACCUUCAUCAUCAACGACGAAGACAUCUACGCUGCGAGAAUGCAGCUUCCUCCGCACAUGCCUAGUGCGGAGCAAUUCUACCACAAAUUGAUUCAUGGGCAGAUGCCCGAUAUUCUCAUGGCACCGCCCACCGCCGUCCCUCUUAUGGAGGUUCCCACGCACUUCUCACCAACUGGCCAGGGCAACACUAUGCUCUACACUCCAGUGUCUUUACGUGACAUGGACGAGGCUUUUGACGGCUCGUUUGGUGGCGAGGACGUCGAUUUUCAGCUCUAUGACAACAGUGCUGGCAAGUUCAACGAAGCACAGUCGCUGUUUGGAGAGCUGCCAAGUGCCAAUAUGGGCUUCUCCCAAAACACCCAGCCGGAAAUGUUUGCUCCCAUGGAUUUGAACGCUCUGGACACUCUGGAUUAUAGUAUUUUCCAGGCCUAA